AUGAGCUCCAGCCUGCUGGAAAACCCGGUGCAGGCAAUCUUGUACCUGCGGGAGCUCACCACCAUCGUGCAGAACCAGCAGAGUCUUAUCCAGACGCAGCGCUCCCGCAUCGAGGAGCUGGACCGGCGAGUGGAUGAGCUCAUCGGGGAGAACAGGCACCUGCGAGAUGUCCGCGUGCAGCAACAUCAGCAUUCCUAUCCCGCUUACCCGCAUCACCUCCUCCAUCAUCACCACCAUCAGCUUCACCCCGACGUUGGCUGCCUCCAUCACCUGCACCUCGCUCAGGACCCCCAGACCAAGAGCUCGACGGCGAGCCCCGCACCUGAGCAAGCGACAGCACCUUCACAAGUCGAGGGGUCCGCGGUGGUGCAGCCCCCUUCCGCGGAGCCUCUGGACCCAGGGGACAUGCAGCUGGUUCCGGCAGAGCCACCCACAGAUUCGCCGGUGGAGAGCGAGCCGGAGAACGGCGGGAAUUGCAGCGGAUGUCGGUCUUUGGUUCCGAUGACCCCGACUACGCUGUGUCGGUCACUGGCCCUCACCAAAACAUCAGAAAAUGAGACGGUGCUGCAUCAGUUCUGCUGCCCCGCCCCGGAGCAUCCUGAGCCUGAUGCAAGCGGCACAUCCAGCGGACGGUUGCUGAGCCUGGAGGACGGCUCGUCCUCGGGGGGACCUGACGUGGAGGGCACCACAGCCAAGCGGGAGGGACCCAGCGAGUACGAAAUCUCCCUAGAGAACAAAAACAAACAGAUAGAAGACCUGGAGCAGAAGUAUGGAGGUCACCUCAUCGCAAGAAGGGCAGCUCGCCGCAUCCAAACCGCCUUUCGUCAGUACCAGCUAAGCAAAAAUUUCCAAAAGAUCCGCAACUCACUCUCUGAGAGCAAGCUACCCCGCCGGAUCUCCCUGCGCCAACCCAGCCCCUCGGGACGGAACCGCAAUAGCGCUCAGAGACACAGUUACUCUCUCCAUCCGGGUGGGGGACAGAUCCCACUCCGCUCCAAGACACCGCCUCCGCCACCGUGCCGCUCAACCUCUCUGCCCCCGUCUCCUGCGUCCGCCCCGGUGCCGGCUGCCCCUACGGGAUCGGCACCAGCGCCUUCUCCAAGCCCUGGACCUUCGCUCUCACAGCUAGAGGACUGCUUCUCUGAACAACUUCACUCACUGGCGCAGUCUAUUGAUGAGGCUCUCCGCGGUUGGAGUGUAUCGGAAGGUACGGACGGCCAGGGCCUCCUGAUGGACCCCGGGGCCCUCCGUGCUGCCGCUGAGAGCGCCUGCCUCCCUCGCAGCGCCAGCUCUCUACUCAUGGCCUUCCGCGACGUUACCGUGCACAUUGACAGCAAUAGUUCCUACACCAUCUCCUCCGCUACCACUACAACCACCACCACCUCCCUGGGCAACGCCGGAGGCGAGGCGGGCAGCAGGAAGACCUCGCUUAGUGGGAUGGGUCUCGUCAGAGGAGAGUCUGCCGAAGAGCCGGAAUUCCCUGCCCCUCCUCCCAGCGAGGAAUUGGAGAUGGUGGAUCCGGGGUCACGGAGAGGCUCCGCCGUGCCCCUCCCCGGCACCACCCAAGAGGGGGACGGCUUAUCCGACAGGGCUGGGUCCACUUCCACGUCUACCUCCACCGCCAUCGUCACCUCGGCCCAGUCGGACCAGCAGCCGGCCCAGAUUUACACGCAGUACCAGCAGUACCACUACACUCACCCGCAGCAGCUGCCCGCGGGGACAGUCCCUGACGCCCUGCAGGCUCUGGUGGUCUCCCUGCCUAGGGAUCGAUGCCAGGAUCCGUCAUCCUGCCGCUCGCCCACCCUCUCCACUGACACACACCGUAAACGCCUCUACCGCAUUGGACUAAACCUAUUCAACGUGAACCCGGAGAAAGGUAUCCACUUCCUGAUCACGCGUGGCUUCGUGCCCGACACGGCCAUCGGUGUGGCCCACUUCCUGCUCCAGAGGAAAGGUCUGAGCAGGCAGAUGAUUGGAGAGUUCCUGGGUAACAGCAAGUUGCAGUUUAACCGAGAUGUCCUCGACUGUGUGGUGGACGAGAUGGAUUUCUCAGGCAUGGAGCUGGACGAGGCACUGAGAAAGUUCCAGGCUCACGUGCGUGUGCAAGGAGAAGCGCAGAAGGUGGAGAGACUCAUCGAGGCCUUCAGCCAGCGCUACUGUAUGUGCAAUCCCGACGUGGUGCAGCAGUUCCACAACCCUGACACCAUCUUCAUCCUGGCCUUUGCCGUGGUCCUCCUCAACACUGACAUGUACUCGCCCAACAUUAAACCGCAGCGCAAAAUGGGCCUUGAUGACUUCAUACGCAACCUCAGAGGUGUGGACGACGGAGCAGACAUCCCCAGAGAAAUGGUGGCUGGCAUUUAUGAAAGAAUUCAACAAAGAGAGCUGCGAUCCAAUGAGGACCAUGUUACCUAUGUUAGCCGCGUGGAGCAGUCCAUCUUGGGCCUGAAGACCAUUUUGGCCGUACCUCACAGACGUCUUGUGUGCUGCUGUCGUCUGUUCGAGGUUCCUGAUGCUAACAAACCUCACAAACAGAAACUAUCGCAGCUUCAAAGAGAGGUCUUCCUGUUCAAUGACCUGCUCUUGAUCCUGAAGUUGUGCCCUAAGAAGAAAAGCUCAGCUUCUUACAACUUCUGCAAAGCGAUGGGUCUACUGGGAAUGCAGUUUCACCUCUUCAGCAAUGAAUACUACGCCCAUGGUGUGACAAUGCUGAGCCCGUUUACCUCUGAGAAGAAGCAGCUGGUCAGCUUUUGCUCACCAAGCGGGGAGGAGCUGCGGAAAUUCGCCGAGGAACUGCGAGAGGCUAUUUCCGAAGUCAACGAGAUGGAGCACAUACACAUCCAGUGGGAAUUGGAGCGGCAACAGGGCAUCCAGCCUCACAGCAUCCAUACGAACGGCGGCCAAGUAGACGUGCACACGGGACAUGGAUCCCCCUCAGGUCAACAGGACGUGUAUGAUAAAAGCGGCAACAACAAUGCAGUGGAGGUGUCAAUUCACAACAGGCUGCAGACCUACCAACUGAGUCCGCCCAGCGUUGAGUCCUCGCCCCCCCUGGCCCUGACUGCCCCGCCCGCCUUGCUGGGCCCCGCCCAGGCCGGGGACCUCCGCCCAGAGACGCUCAUCCAGUGCCAGCAGAUCGUCAAGGUCAUCGUGGUGGACCAGAGCGGGCGGGGCCGCAUGGAAGCCUUCCUCAGCCAGGGGCCGGCCGCUCACCAGCUGCUGCGCUCGGCCGUGUCUACGCCCGUCCACGUCCAGGGUGACGGGCCCCAGCCCCCUCUGCCGCCGCCCCCGCCUCCUUACAACCACCCGCACCAGUUCUGCCCGCCGGACUCGCCUAUGCCGCUGCACCACACUAUCCCGCUUAUGCGCAGACGCAACUCCAGCGGCUCCCGCAGCAUCGUCUGA